AUGGAGUGCCCACGGCAUCCGGAGCUGGAGCGGGAAGCUGUGCGGGUGGUGYGGGAAGCUGGAGAGCAGGGCGAGGAGCAGACGGGGAGGGCGCUGUGCUGGGGUCCUGAGCCCGCUGCCCACCGAGGUGCUCAGCAGAGCGCCACCGUGGCCAGCCCCGCGGCCGGCGGCUCCCCRGACCUGCUGCCCCGCUUCCUGCUGGAGCCCGAGGACGUCUACAUCGUGAAGAACAAGCCCGUGAGCCUGGCGUGCCGGGCCACCCCCGCCACCCAGAUCUACUUCAAGUGCAACGGCGAGUGGGUGCACCAGGGCGACCACGUCAUGCAGCACAGCACCGACCGCAGCACCGGGCUGCCCGUCAUGGAGGUCCGCAUCGACAUCUCCCGGCAGCAAGUGGAGAAGAUCUUCGGCCUGGAGGAGUACUGGUGCCAGUGCGUGGCCUGGAGCUCCUCGGGCACCACCAAGAGCCAGAAGGCCUUCGUGCGCAUCGCCUAUCUCCGCAAGAACUUCGAGCAGGAGCCCACGGCCAGGGAGGUCUCCAUCGAGCAGGGCAUCGUGCUGCCGUGCCGGCCGCCUGAGGGCAUCCCCGCCGCCGAGGUGGAGUGGCUGCGCAACGAGGAGCUGGUGGACCCGGCGCUGGACGCCAACGUGUACGUGACGCCGGAGCACAGCCUGGUGGUGCGGCAGGCCCGCCUGGCCGACACCGCCAACUACACCUGCGUGGCCAAAAACAUCGUGGCGCGCCGCCGCAGCGCCUCCGCCGCCAUCACUGUCUACGUGAACGGCGGCUGGUCGACGUGGACGCAGUGGUCGGCCUGCAGCACCAGCUGUGGACGGGGCUGGCAGAAGCGGAGCCGGACUUGCACCAACCCCACGCCCCUCAACGGGGGCGCGUUCUGUGAGGGCCAAAACGUGCAGAAAAGCCCCUGCACCACCCUGUGCCCAGUGGACGGCGCCUGGUCAGAGUGGAGCAAGUGGUCGGUGUGCGGCGCCGAGUGCACACACUGGCGGAGCCGCGAGUGCUCGGAGCCCGCGCCGCGCAACGGCGGCCAGGAGUGCCGCGGCGCCGAGCUCGAGACGCGCAACUGCACCUCGGAGCUCUGCAGCCACGCCGCCGCGGGCGCCGAGGACGUGGCGCUCUACGUGGGGCUCGUGGCCGUGGCCGUGUGCCUGGUGCUGCUGCUGCUCGUGGGCGUGCUCGUGUACUGCCGCAAGAAGGAGGGCCUGGACGCCGACGUGGCCGACUCGUCCAUCCUCACCGCCGGCUUCCAGCCCGUCAGCAUCAAGCCCAGCAAGGCGGACAACCUGCUCACCAUCCAGCCYGACCUCAGCAGCGCCACCAUGACCUACCAGGGCUCGCUGUGCCCGCGCCAGGACGGCCCCGCCAAGCUGCAGCUGCCCAACGGGCACCUGCUGAGCCCGCUGGGCGCCGGGCGGCACACGCUGCACCACAGCUCGCCCGUGGCCGAGGGCGCCGACUUCGUGGCCCGUCUCUCCACGCAGAGCUACUUCCGCUCCCUGCCCCGCGGCACCAACAACAUGGCCUACGGCACCUUCAACUUCUUGGGGGGGCGCCUCAUGAUCCCCAACACAGGGAUCAGCCUGCUCAUCCCACCCGACGCCAUUCCGCGCGGCAAGAUCUACGAGGUCUACCUGACGCUGCACAAGCAGGAGGAGGUGAGGUUACCCCUAGCCGGCUGCCAAACGCUGCUGAGCCCCAUCGUCAGCUGCGGCCCCCCGGGCGUCCUGCUCACCCGCCCCGCCAUCCUGGCCAUGGGCCACUGCGUGGAGGCCAGCACUGAGAACUGGAGCAUUCGGCUCAAGAAGCAGUCGUGCGAGGGCACGUGGGAGGACGUGCUGCAGCUGGGCGUGGAGCCCUGCUCCGAGCUCUACUACUGCCAGCUCGAGGCGCACGCCUGCUACAUCUUCACGGARCAGCUGGGGCGCUUCGCCCUGGUGGGCGAGUCGCUCAGCAUGGCAGCCUCCAAGCGCCUCAAGCUGGUGCUGUUCGCGCCGGCCGCGUGCCCCUCGCUGGAGUACAACAUCCGCGUGUACUGCCUCAGCGACACGCAGGACGUGCUCAAGGAGGUCAUCCAGCUGGAGAAGCAGAUGGGGGGGCAGCUCAUCGGCGCGCCCCGCGUGCUGCACUUCAAGGACAGCUACCACAACCUGCGCCUCUCCAUCCACGACAUGCCCAGCUCCCUCUGGAAGAGCAAGCUCCUGGCCAGCUACCAGGAGAUCCCCUUCUACCACAUCUGGAGCGGGCUGCAGCCCUACCUGCACUGCACCUUCACCCUGGAGCGCCUCAGCCCCAGCACCUGCGAGCUGGCCUGCAAGAUCUGGAUCUGGCAGGUGGAGGGCGACGGGCAGAGCUUCACCAUCAACUUCAACAUCGCCAAGGACACCCGCUUCUCCGACUGGCUGAUCCCUGACAGCGAUGUGGGCUCCCCGGCCCUGGUGGGCCCCAGUGCCUUCAAGAUCCCCUUCCUCAUCCGCCAGAAGAUCAUCAGCAGCCUGGACACGCCGUGCGCCCGCGGGGCCGACUGGCGCACGCUGGCGCAGAAGCUCAACCUGGAGAGCCACCUGGGCUUCUUCGCCUCCAAGGCCAGCCCCACGGCCAUGAUCCUCAACCUGUGGGAAGCGCGGCACUUCCCCAACGGCAACCUCUCGCAGCUGGCGGCCGCCGUGGCCGAGGUUGGCAAGCAGGACGGCGGCCUCUUCUCCGAGGCUGAGUGCUGAGCGUGCCCGCCUCCGGCCGCCCCGUCGGCGCGCGGGGAGA